CCCCGAAUGGCGCAACACACUUCACUUGUUACCCGAUCACUGGGAGCAGGGAGAAACUAGCAGAAACACCAGGAGUGAGAAAAAGAGAGAGGGAAAGAGGGAGGAGGAGAAGGAGAGACUUGAGAAGGUCACUGCUCCCUGCUGUGUUGGGAAUACAAAGCUCUUCUUCCCUUUUCUUAUCACUCGUUCCUCUCCAGAGGGGAAAAGAAACCCUUCUGAGUUUCCAACUCAUCCUCCUCUUCUUCUAUGCUUUUUUUCUUUCCCUUCCUCAUUAUCGUAUCUCGGUACUUUCUAGAAAGUCUUAUCUUCGUCUUUUUCUCUGUCUCUAUUUCCGUCCUCAGCGUGUGUUGGUAUGACUUUCCUUGCAGCUCUGUUCUCUAUACCCGUCGUCAUUGUCACUAUCUGUCGCAAUUAGCUAGCGAGAGGCAGGCACCAGGGGGCUGUGCCACCCGCCUUCCUGCGCGGGGUGGGUUGCAGGAACAGCUGCGUCCCAUCACUAUAACACGCUCCCCGCAGACUUAGAGAGAUUGACUAAUGCAAUUUAGCCCUUUACUUGUAUUACCUUUCAGAGGGGGGAGAGCGGAGAAGGAUGCACACACACACACAUCCACACACACAAUACACACACACACACAGGAGGGGGGGACGCCCAGGGAAGAAGUAAUUUCCUUAAGAGGUGUGGGGAGAGGAGGACGGAGCAAUCUGAUUGGCCUUCAGAUUAGCGUGGCGGCAGGGGGAGGUCAGAGGUUAAUCUGCUCAUUCGACCGUGUCCGCUGCAAGGAGGAAGUACCAGUCAUCCCUUCAUCUCGCUCUCAAUCUGUCCCUCUCACCUCUCCCUCUCUUUUUAAUUCCGACUUACUCUUUGAAAUGCCCUCUAGAAUCCUGUCCCUCUCCACAUAGCAGCAGCAACAGUGUCAUUUAAUAAUCCAAGAUCAAGCUCUCCAUUUCAAAUCAUAGCUAUACUUUUUCAUUUGAUGUAAUCAUUAAUAUAAUGAUUAUGAAAAAAAUGAUGGCUAAAAAGCUUAAAGGGCCCACCUCAGAGGAAGUUUCCGCACCUAUUUCGAGUAAUUCCUGUCCUAGAAAGAAAAUCCUUGUUUAGGCUCCACCUCGACGACUGACGCAGGCUGCUAAUACAUAUUCAGGAAUUGGGGGUGGGAACGUUGUGGUGAUUUCCAGGUGUAGCAGAGAAAUAACAACAAAUAGGCCACUGACUGACAGCUGUCAGUGUAAUUAGCUAGCAUGCUAAGCUAACCUUAGCCAGCUAAUGAAAGUUGUGAAAAAGUCUACUGGUGUGGGAGUUUAACCCUUUCUUAUUUUUCACUUUUCACACUAUUGUGUUGAUUGCUGACCUCGGCCAUACUCUACCAGAUCAGAUAUCAUCUUGUUCACCUUUCUAGCCUGGUUCCAGUAACUAUGGUGAAGGGCUUGGCUCUAGCCUGUCCUAGCCAACCUUCCAGGGGCCUGAUUCCUACCUCUCUGACUGUCCUUCACACUGAACUGAACACCACAUUACUUCCCACCCCAGUGCCUCUAGUAAAAGUCACCUCUGACACAUUAUCCUCCAAUUAAAAGGUCUCUCCACUGCCACACCGCCCCUCGUUGUGCCCGAACAUCACAAGGUUGUCACUACACUCUCCAACGCUCUGUUGCCUUCUGUAUGGGACAAGGGACCAGGAAUACCCAGGACAAAGUGCUCAGAAUAAGGCCCUGACAUUGAAAAGGGAUGACGCAGUCUCUGAGUUAGACUGACAUUACCACUGCUAGUUGGUUGGUUGCAGCUUCACAAGGAAGAGGGGAAGUGAUUUUAAUUUUAAAAGGGAGGAAUAAGUGCUUGGGUCACACUUGUGAUUCCCAGCCCUCGGUGCCGUGUAGCUUUUUUUGGUAGCAUUACACAUCUUGAAGCCUCCGUCUUCAAUGGUGAAGCCUCCUCUUCUACUAUCGGAGCGCUCCAGCUUAUUACUAUUGACUGACUUCCUUCCAGAACACUAGCGUGGCCUCUAAGAGAAGGAGCAACGGCAGCGAACUGUGAAUAGCUGUUUGAGGCGUACGGCUUUUUCCGGCUUUCUCGCCCAGCGACUGCCAGCACACUGAUAAGAGUAUUAAAGCUGUUUUUUGGUUGCCGCAUGAUUGCGGCUAAUAGCCACUCUAGGAAGAAAAAGGAAGGAGUGGAAGGGUUGAAUUUGAAUGGGGUUUAAUAGGAGAAGAUGGUGAGGCAAAGUUUGGGGAAUCAACCAUCUUCCCUUUCCUUCACUGCUCUAUCAUAAACAAACAAUUCAAAUGGGAAUCAAAUCCAAUGAAGGAAUUGUUUAAUAAUGAAAGAAUCAUUUAAUGGGCUGACCUGAGAUCUCUUAUAUUCUUCAUUUUCUAAGUCUUGGAGAAAGAGAUGUGGAAAGAGCGAUAGAGAGAGAGAGAUGCAGCUCUUGGAAGAUGAGGCAAGCAGCAACCUUAUCUAUCGCAGACACUGUUAUUGAUUAUGGGAUUUCAUUUGCAGCACAUGCCACAUGAAAAUACGUUUUUUGAAGGGUUAGAGUUUUGUCUUUGGGUUUCCUCUGUAUCAAAGUUUGUUUAGAACCAAAGCACAUCGUCUGUUUGAUGUUUGUGAAACUUAGAAAUAUCUUUGAAGGUGUAUGCAAUCAUUUUCAGCAUGUCAUGAUGGUUGUUACUGUAUGUCUCUCUUUCUCUCUCCCCCUUCUACCUCUCUCCCUUCCUCCCCCUUCUCCCUCUCCCUCCUCCCUCUCACCCACUGUCCCUCUCCUCUCUCUCUCUCUCGCUCCCUCUUUCUACCCUCCUUCUCCCCCCCUCUCCCUCUCACCCUCCACCUCCUCCCCCUCUCUCUCUCUCCCUCUCUCCCAGUCUUUAAGAAUCCGGUUUGUAAGGUCUACAAGUUCCAGACGGUGGAUAGUAAAUGGAUGCUGGUGAGAGAACAGAUGGAGGAGUGUACUCUGUCCUUCAGCAUCCCCAGACAGCUCCUCCACCUCUACAUCCAGGAAGACAUGAGGAGGAUACAGGAGCUGAGGGACCUUGGGGAACUGUCUCCCCACUGGGACAACCUGAGGAAGGAGGUGAUUGGCCGUUAUGGACAGGUCAUAGCUGCCUACCAGGAGACCCUGGCUGAGCUGAAUAAGAUCACUGGUCCGUCGUUCAAGCCGAGCUGCAGCAAGGCCCAGAGGUAUCUAGAGUUCAUCCCUAUCAACCUGCACACCCAGAGGAUGAGGGUGACGUGUCCUAGACAAACAGAUGCAUUCUAUGACGUGAUCACGGUGGGGGCUCCAGCGGCCCACUUCCAGGGCUUUAAGGGCGGAGGGCUACAGCGGCUACUGAGCAGACAUGAGGCAGAGAAGAAGAGUUUCAGCACAGCAUACCAGUGCAUCUACUACUCCCCAGAGCACACAGCCAAGGCCCAGGAGGUGUUGCACAGUGUGGGCCAUCUCCAACCUCUCAUCUCGGGCCUGGCAGACCAGCUGCUCCAGGCCGCCCAGCAGCACUCCAUGGCUGGGCUGAGGGAGGCACUCAAGACCCUGGCUGGAAAGACGGAGCAGUUUGUGCACGCGCUCAAAGACGAGCUGGUGAAGAGCGCCUUGCUGGCCCUCCACGCUGCACAGCCCGGCUACGUGACGAAGAACCAGAACCAGACCCUGCCAGGCCACCAGGGUCACAGCCACCAGGACCACCAGAGUCCCAGCCAGAGGGGUCAACAAGGCCAGAGUCCACCCCAGAACCCAGGCCACAGUCCUGGGCAGCCAUCGGCUACAGACAACCCUGUGGUGGUGUGUAAUAAUGUGGAUGGUGGCUCCCAGACGGCUCCCAUCAGAGAAGACGGGCAGGCACCUCUGAAGCGCCAGGACUCCAUACCGUGCCAUAAGGAGUACGACGAGGAGGAAUGGGACAGGGUGUGGGCCGACGUGGCGAAGAGCCUCAACUGUGUCAUCGCCAUGGUGGACAAGCUCCAGGAGCAGGAACCAAUCAACAACAACCAGGAACAACCAAUCCCUAAGCAGGUCCUGGCUGAUGUCAUCACCUCCCACAACCCUGAAGGGGAUUGGCGGGAGCAGCUCUGCCCCCUGGUGGUGAGGUUGAAGGAGUGCGUCGCGGAGGUGGUGGUGCGGGCCAGGAGGGCCAUGACCUUCGUCCUGCUGCAGGAGGCGGCCUGCAGCAUCCCCCAGGGACUGUUCCUCAAGCAGAGGAGGGAUGUGGUCUUCAGUCAGGCGCUAGCUGCGUUGGCGUGUGGUUUCGUCAUGAGGCUGUACGCGGGGAUGGAGGAUAAGGGCUUCCUCAGGCAGCUCCACCUAGUGGGCCUGGUGGCACAGUUCGAAAGCCUGCUAAGCACCUACAGUGAGGAGAUUGGCAUGCUGGAGGACAUGGAGGUGGGCAUCUCAGACCUGCACCGGGUGGCCUUCAAGAUCACCCAGGCCAAGACAGACGACCCCUGUGACCUGCAACCUGUAGUCAUCGGCAGGCGCAACCAUUAUACUGUAGAAGUGCCAUUACCGCGGCUGGUCUUCCAGACGUUACCCCAUGAGAUCAAAGAGGGCAAGGCGUUGCAGGUUUACCCGGUGCUCUUCAACGUGGGAAUCAAUGAACAGCAGACAAUAGCAGACAGAUUCGGAGACAUCUCUUUGCAAGAGAGGAUAAACCAGAGGAACUUUGAGAUUUUAGACAGUUAUUACAAAUCACUAAGCGAUAAGGUGCCAUCAGAAUGUCUGCCAUGUUUUCAAACCCAGACGGACCUGAAAGAUUUACUUGGAACCCUGGGCCAGAAUGUAGUGACGAAGAAGAGAAAGAAUGUGGAGAUACUGUGGCUCGCUGGAACGAUCUGCCGACGGCUGAACGGGAUCAGGUUCACCAGCUGUAAAAGUGCCAAAGACAGGACGUCGAUGUCUGUAACCCUAGAGCAGUGUGCCCUGCUGAGAGACGAGCACCAGCUCAACAAGGAUUACUUCAUACGAGCCCUGGACUGCAUGCGGAGUCGGCUCACCCAGGGAGAAGUAGUGUGUCAGUGGGAUUCGGACCCCGAGGCGGCGUGCUCUGUAGCGGAGAACAAGCCGGCCUCGCGACACUUCUACCCCAUCGCCCUACUGCUCGUCAGCUCACACCUGCUGGUCGUGUGGUUAAUUUUAAGUCUUGUUUUUCUGCUUGCAAAAUAUCAAUAAAGUUGCUGACGAUGCCAUGUACUAAC